AUGUGCCACUUCUCUGCCCACGCCAUCGCCAUGGGAUGCCUUCUACUGUCCACCAAGCUCGAAGAGACUCAGUGCAGCCUUCGUCACUUGAUUGGCUCCUUCCACUACGUCACUGUUCAUCUCAACCAGACUCAGCGGUCUUCCAAGUACGAGCCGCCUUGCCGCGACUCUUCCGAGCUCGUAGACCUUCGCGAUACCAUGGUCGUAUCCGAGAUGCAGGUCCUCAAACGGCUUGGUUUCCAAGUCCACGUGACGUUGCCGUAUGCGCUUCUUGUCAACUACAUGCAGGUUCUCGGCCUUACCGACCGCAAGCUCAAGGUGACUGUUCAAUCCUACGACGAUCCAGCUGAGCCAGUCGCCGAUGGGCGACACGAAAGCAUGCCACUAGCUCAGUGUGCAUGGUCCCUUCUCAACGAUGCCCUUCAGACGCCGCUGCUUUGCAUUUUUGGCCCACAUGUCGUCGCCUGUACAGCCAUCGCACUGGCGGCCGAGAUGUGUACACCGCUCGUGCGCUUGCCUCUGCAUCCUGCACCAUGGUGGCUGCUGUUCGACGCAUCCGAAGCCGAGAUCAAGAUUGCCGCUUCUCACCUUCUAUGGCGUUACCACCAUAGCUCUUCGUGCACGGAUUUGGCCGAGCUGUUGGAUCGACGUGAACUUCAACGCUACAUUGCAGGCCGAUCGGCUGACUCGGACGUACGCCAGCACGAUGUGCACAUCCACCGAAGCCGGUAG